AUGUCUUCUUCACCCAACCUGGUACCCCAACAUCACACUUAUUCAGAUAGUAACGAAGGCAGACAGCCCGGCAUAGUGUGUAUUGAUCCUGCAAUACACCCUCCGGGGACACAUGCGAUGGUCCACCAUCCUGGCUUAGUUUCAGGUGCAGACUUUUGUGACGCUGGGUUUGCCACAGAGCGUGACUCCCCAAUCAGAACACCACCAACCAGAAUUCCUCCUGUCAACCCGAAGGAUCAUACAUUAACUGGGCGAACCCGUCGCCGUCUGACUGGGGGAGAUAUAUGUGAGCAAGUAGUCGACGUCUCGGGCCAUAUUCAUGGAAAUCAUAGCUCAGCUGUCAAGGUUCGCCCAGCCGCAGUGUUGUUUCACAGAAACGAAAGCCAUACAGGCCACUCCACCAUCUCAAAAGUGCAACCUGUCACUGAUGGAAAAAUGAUCAUUCACCAUAGCUCAACCCCUGUUCAAGAAAGGUCCUCUAUUUUGGAGCAUCGCCACCAUGGCCACAACGUCACCCCGAAGGUCCGUCCAUCUCAAGAUUACACCUCUCUCUCAGGCUCUAUACAAAGCAUGUGCUCCAGUGACAAUCAUUCAGGACACGCUUGGGUGCAGAAAGUACAGCCGUAUCAUGAGUCGCCAUCCCUUACGUUCGAGUUACAAGAGCCCUCUGCCCCAAAUCUUGCUGUAGAUGAAGAGGUUGAAACUACAAAAAAAGAUGAAGAGCCAUCGAAGACAGCUUCUGAGAAACAAGGCCAGCCAGUCGCCUAUGCCAAAAAGGCAGAGGCUCAUAGACUCUCAUCAAAAUCGCGGGAUCAAUCUGUUAUGUCUCGUGGCGAAAAUCGGCCUUCGUUAAGUGCUAGUCAAUAUUCAACUUCCCAAAAAAGCUUUGAUAUUAUAUCAAAGGCUGUUACAAAAAUUGUUGAGUCGACUGACAUCCAGGGGGGUGCCAGCCAUGAGGGUGAGGUCGCACUACCACUGAAGCCAUACGACACCACUCAGAAAAAGGAACUCACUUGUCGAGAUAAUGAUGAGGAAACGGUGGUAUCAACAUCUUGUGUUUCCCCAGCCUCUCAUCCUCACCCCAAGCAAAAGGAGGGCGACCAAACAAGACAGAGUGUGGCGUCCGAGAAAUUUGAUACCCGGGGUGCUGCGAAUUGGCUUCGCCAAUUUCUUAGGCAUUCAGAGCCAGGUAGUCCAAAUCUCACCCAAUUACCUGAGAAGUCUCAUCCUCGACACAAGGAACAUCACGAUUACCCUACCGAUGAAACUAGUAUGAUGAUAUCUAAAGUGACAACAUUCUCGGAGGAGAAUGAGGCUGACGUGGGGACGAUGGAUACAGCUAUGCAUGAGCUCGAGAGACUACUAAGCGAGGCGUUAGUUUUGGCAAACAAGGUGACCGAACAGGAUCAUUGCCAGCACGAUGAUGAUCUUCUUGACUCUAAGAGCACAUCCUAGGCGGUU